UAUGGUUUUACUUUAGGCGGGAAAAGCAGGCAAAUAUAGAGAAACGUCGUUGAAUGUCGUUUAACCAUAAUAUCGUUGAAAAAUAAAUAAUUGAAGCAAUUUUCAGAUUGUGUACAUUAAAAUUUGUAAAAAAUGGCGAAUAAAGUGUCCAGAGAUUAUGUUAAAGACAGAGAACAACUCAAAACAUUUUUCCUGGAAUUUGUGUCUAAAGAUGAGAGUACAGGAAACAAGGUAUUUAUAUACAGACAGCAGCUCACCAAGAUAGCACACAGAGAACAGAUUAGUCUUGAGAUUGAGUUGGAUGAUAUACAAUCAUUUGAUGAAGAACUAGCCAUGUCUGUCGCCAAUAAUACACGGAGAUAUACUAAUUUAGUUUUGGAAUUGGUUCAAGAAAUGCUGCCAGAUUUUAAAGAAAAAGCAGUUUUGCCUAAAGAUUCAUUGGAUAUUUAUAUGGAGCAUCGAUUAUUAAUGCAAGCUCGUAAUAGGCAACAGGGUGAAGCUCAGGACAGAACUAAAUAUGCUCCUGAAUUGAUGCGUCGUUUUGAAGUAUAUUUUAAAGACUUCUCCGAAGCAAAAGCAUAUUCAGUGAGAGAUAUUAAAGCAGAUAAAAUUGGAAAAUUGGUGACAGUUAGAGGUAUCGUUACUAAAACCACUGAAGUAAAACCAAUGAUUGUUGUGGCGACAUAUACAUGCGACGAAUGCGGUUCAGAAGUGAGCCAGCCGGUGCACUCCUUAAGCUUUAUGCCAUUACGAACGUGUCCAAGUGAUGGAUGUCGCGUUAAUAAAUCCGGUGGUAGAUUAUAUUUGCAGACUAAAGGUUCAAAAUUCAUCAAAUUUCAAGAGAUAAAGAUGCAGGAACAUAGUGAGCAAGUCCCAGUUGGUCACAUACCGCGAUCUUUAACCAUCUUCUGUAGAGGCGAGACAACAAGAAAUUGUCUCCCAGGCGAUCAUAUAAUUGUAACUGGUGUGUUCUUGCCUUUUCUGAAAACUGGUUUUAAUGCCAGAUCAGGACCUGCACUUUCCAGCGAAACUUACUUGGAUGCACAUAAAGUGGUGUGCCUCAAUAACACGGAUACAGUAGAUGACAGUAGUGCUGAGUUGACCGAUCAAGAACUCAGUUUGCUGAUGCAGGAUGAUUUUUACAACAAAUUGGCUUAUUCCCUGGCACCCGAAAUUUACGGACUGGAGGAUGUGAAGAAGGCAUUGUUAUUGCUAUUAGUUGGUGGAACAGAUAAGAAGAAAGGCGACAUUAAGAUUCGAGGCAACAUCAACAUCUGUUUGAUGGGAGAUCCUGGUGUGGCCAAGUCGCAAUUGUUAUCUUAUAUUACACGAUUGGCUACAAGAUCGCAGUAUACCACAGGAAGAGGAUCAUCUGGCGUAGGUUUGACAGCUGCGAUCAUGAAGGAUCCUUUAACGGGUCAAAUGGUGCUGGAAGGUGGAGCUUUGGUGUUAGCGGAUCAAGGAGUAUGUUGCAUCGACGAGUUUGAUAAAAUGGCAGAUGCGGACAGAACGGCGAUUCACGAAGUGAUGGAGCAACAGACCAUAUCUAUCGCUAAAGCAGGAAUAAUGGCCCGUUUGAACGCCCGAGUCUCCAUAUUAGCCGCCGCCAAUCCGGCGUAUGGCAGAUACAAUCCGCAGAGAACAAUUGAGCAGAAUAUCCAGCUGCCCGCCGCGUUGCUAUCGCGAUUCGAUAUAUUGUGGCUUAUUCAGGAUCGCGCAGACCGAAGCAAUGAUCUGAAACUUGCGCAACAUAUUACCUAUGUGCAUCAGCAUUGCUCGCAACCUCCGACAGAGACGGAAGCUAUUGAUAUGAAACUGAUAAGAAAAUACAUAAAUCUGUGUAAAACAAAAGAACCUGUUGUUUCAGAGGAAUUGACAGAAUACAUUGUUGACUCUUACGUGGAAAUGCGAAAAGAAGCGCGUAACAGCCAGGACAAAACAUUUACAUCCGCUCGAAAUCUACUAGCUGUUCUCCGAUUGUCGACGGCGUUAGCGCGAUUACGAUUAUCGAAUGUGGUUGAUAGGGACGACAUAGCGGAAGCAAAUAGAUUGGUGGAGAUGUCCAAGCAUUCGAUCAAUUACUCUGAACAACGUACGAAUAACGCGCAGCAAAAUCCGACUAACAAGAUCUUCCACUUAAUACGAGAACUCGCUGGUGAUAAGAAAACGGUCAAAGUGUCGGAUAUUUUGGAACGAUGCACUAGCAAAGGAUUCAAACCUGAUCCAGUAUAUAAAUGCAUCGAGGAGUACGAAGCGUUGAACGUGUGGCAGGUCAAUCAGACCAGAAGAAUGAUCACUUUUAUAUAAUUAACUUGAAGACGUGUAUCUACAGAACUUCAAGGUAUUUUUAUAUCCUGAAAGACAUCUCACUUUUCGUGACAAUAAAAUAUACUUUUUCUUA